AUGAAGGCAGCGGGCGUGGGUCUUGAAGAGGGCCCUGCAAGCCUCAUGACCUCGCGCAUGGCAGAUUUCCUGCUCACCUCGGCCGAAUCCAACGCGCUCGGCUUCGACGCGGUGCGCCGCGAGGACAUUUUAGGCAUGCGCAAGUUCUUGGACGGCCUGGUGGUAAUUAGAGCGGCCCGCGCAUUGGACUGGCUCAGCUCGGCAUUCCUGCCCGCCCACGCCAACAUCGACAUCAACCGCACGGACGCGGCCAUCGAAUUAAUCGAGGAGUUCUCCUCGUGCGCGCCCUUCACGCCAGUCAGGGGGCCGUCCGUGCAGGACGUCUGGGAAGGAAAGCGGUAUCAGAGCAGGACUGCCUUCCAUCCCGCCUCCAUGACCAGCAUAUCACGUCGCGUAUACCCCCGGUCGUUCAGUGGCGCCACCGUCAUGAUUUUAGAGAUGCGUUACAUGGACGAUUACAUCAUGCUGUGGAAGGGGCCGCCGUCUCUGUCUUCCGGGGAGAUCGAGUACAUCUCCGUUGUCCUGGAGGGCUCGGCCUGGCUGCGUUACCCGCUUCCCCUGGAAGCCGACACUAGCUUCACGUUUGUGGGGGUUGACCUGUUGCCCCAGCUCGACGGCACGAUCUGCACCCGCCCGUCCACGAAGGCGUUGGGGGCAGGCACGGGUUGCAUGCCCUUCUAUAGCUACGUCCCCAACUCCAUCAAGCGUGGGCUCGUGCUCGGGGCGGUCUCCAGGGUACGUGCUUACACACGCCCGCUGGACUCCGUGGAGGGCGUCCUUGCGUCCUUCAAGCGUCACCUGCAUGAGGGCGCUGGCUACCCAUUGUUUGCGCUGGAGAAGUGGAUAUCUGAGGGAUUGUGCCGGGAUUAG